ACUCUCCUAAAAUAUGACCAGGGGUGUUUGGAUGCGUCGGCAGCAUAACGAAUGCUUAAAAUACUGGUCUGCACCCCGAGAGAACGAGAAGCCAUUCACGGAGCCGGAGCGGGCCCAGAGAUGGCGACAGUCGCUGGCCUCUCUGCUCUUCAUCACCGUCCUGCUCUCUGAUCACCUGUGGUUCUGCGCCGAGGCCAAGCUGACGCGGACCCGCGACAAGCGGUCGGACGAGGGGCACGCUAUCUCGGACGCGGGCGAGAAGAAGCCAAACUCCCCCCAAUCACACCACGUCCCAAAAUCACCCGACCCCCGCCGCCUCGCCAGAGAGCAAGAUGUUAUUUUUAUAGGGAAUUCUACCAAACCUCUGUGGCGGAUGGACACCUGUCACCCGGACAGCGUGUCCAGAGACUGCUUCACUUUCACGGACGCUCUGACAGUGUGCCUGGGCCUCUCUGGCGAAGAAGAAGAAGAGGGGACACAGUCGGCGUACGUGAAUCUGAGCGAUUUGUACCUUUCUUUUUGUAAUUCCUACUCACUUUUGGAUUUGUUUUACGGGUUUACGAGUCCGGACGUUUUGAAUUGCUCCCUGGAUACGGCCAUGGGGGUGGAUCUGCUGGGGUGCGCGGAGUGUGUCCGGGCUUAUCAGCGUCUGGAUCGGCAGGCGGAGGAGAACUACAGGGAGUUUGAGCUGCUGGUUCAGAAGUACGAAACGGACGCGUACUCAGUCAGGACGUGCAUGGAUGAGUGCAAGAUGGUUUAUAAGCCCUGGCUGUGUUCUCAGUACUUCCAGACCACCCAGAUACACUGCAGCAAUCGAAUCCCCUGUGGCCAGUACUGCCUGGAGGUUCAGCAGCGCUGCCCCUUUGUCCUCCCUGACAAUGAUGAUCUCAUUCAUGGAGGCAGCCCAAGUUUUGUAUGCACAGGGUUGCUGGAAGUAUACCCAUCAGGUGUUGACCCAAAUGCAGAGUGCUGCGAUGUGCGGUGGGAUUCAAAAGUGGACAACCGUUCCAGAGGGACCCUAAAAAGAACUCACCCGCCAUGCCAGCAUCGUACCUCCCUCAGCUCCUCGGCAGCCUGUAGACUGUGUAACAGCCGGCUCAAACUCUGCCUGCUGGUCCUGGUCCUCCUACACACUGUUGCCAGCCUCACUGCAUCCCACAAUGCAACAGGACUGGGCCUCCCCACCUUCACGCCUCUGGAGGAGAGCCCCGCCAACGAGGAGUGAUGGAGCAGCUGAGCGGAUAUGAGGUCGCAGCGCAGAAGGUGGUGGGGUGGGGGGGCGAGGGGGGAAAUUCCCUCGCCAUGGCAACCAGCUUGGAAAAAUACGACGACGGUUGAUGCGAACGGCUGGAGCUGCGUGCCUGUAGACAUACUGCAACACUUUAUGACAAACAAAAAYACACGGGAUGCUUUGAGAUGAGAGACUCUUAAAUCAAUCAAAACAUAGAAGUGACUAAAGAAACAAUCUCCCACAAACUAAGGGACUCAAGCUGUCCCUUUGGUAGAAAAAAAGGGACAAUGCCACAACCUUUGUUGAGAGGGAAGGUCAGCUUCCUCGUGGCUGAGUUUCUCUACGCUUUUUUACACUGUGUUCCAAUUAUUGGUUUCUGUUGCACUGGCUGACUAUGGAAUAACAUAAUCAUAUUCUUUCUCUAAUGUUCAUUAUUCGUCUCUUUCGUGGUUCCCACAUUCAGGAACAAAAUGAUUCCUCUAAGUAAGACAGAAAAUGUGAAGAAAAAAAAAAUUAGUUAGCAGCAAGUAUGUGUGUGUGUGAGAGAGAGGAAGAGAGAGAAUGAGCGCAUGUUGCUAUGCCAAAAAGUCUACUUGAAAGGCUAAUGAUUUCAUGGAGAGCCCCUCAGAUUUUCUCUGCUCCUCCAUGGGGGUUUGGUCAUAUUCCUGUUAGGAUUUCCUUGGGUUUUAAUGUGGUUCUGACUUCCAUUAAAAUGUAUUUGUUUAACUGAGGCUUACAGYCCUUCUUCUAACUUAGUUUUGUGAGACAAUAWUCACCAGAUAACACAAUUUAGCAUCAAAAUACUUUUUUGUGUUCCAUUAAAAGCAAACACUGGGCUCAGGAAAGUUUUYUACUACUAUUUAAAAUGUUUCCUUAACCAACCAUUGAUUUUCUUAUGCUGACAUUAAAGACACUUAAUUUUCUCUAAACUUAAAUGAGGGAAAGGAAAUUUGACAUUUCCUUAUGGUGAAAUCAGUUACUUUGGAAUUACAAUCAGUUAAGUUUUUAUUAUUAUUAUUAUUAUUAUUAUUUAAAAUCCAGACACCUUUAUUUUUCUGUAUCUAUGAUCUAUUUUAUUUUUCAAAUGAGAGGUGGUGAACAAAGUAGUUUCAGUUUUGUACACUUCAUUUAACYCUCGCACUAUCCUAAGAGAUGAGGCAAUUUAGACCCCACAKGUGUUUUAUGAGUUUUACUCUGUGCGUGGUUAGGCGGGGUCACACUGACCGCACAGACUGACCGCACAUGAGCUUUUACAAGCUGUGUUUUUGUACAUGUGGUUUUCAGAAUUAACUAUCUUACAGGACAACCCUUGACCCCCGCUUUCUCGUUGUCUGAACAUUACAUUUGCAGUGCUACUCCUGAGCAUCUCACUAAUACCCAAGACUGUGAUAGGUUUGAAUUAUAAAUACACACAGUGAGCAACCCCUCCCCCACCCCCACC